GGCAGUCCAAUCGUUGACGGCUGGUGGUGAUCUGGACUCCCUCGCGGCAGAGCCUUCACCGUUAGCGUCGCGAUCUUCUCGGCGCAGCAUUUCGUUCCGGCUGCCGAGACGCUUACUUCGCAAUGCGGGUCGUCAUAGUCCUCGUUCUACUCGUGGCCCUCGCAAGCGCUCAAAAGCGGAAGGACGAGCCGGAAUACGACGAUGAUUACGAUUACGAUAACGACGAGCCCGUCAAGGACACGAAGAAGGACCUCAAGGACUCGAAAACGAAAGCAUCCGUAGCCACUCCACCUGCCGCAUCCGAUUCGGCGAAGAACGACGAUCAGCAUGCGGAAAAACCCGCGAAAAAAUUGGAUCAUCCCUCGUCCCUCUUCUUGAAGCCCCGGAACACCCGGGUGCACAACAAGGUAGGGUCUCGCGACAGAUGGUGCACGCAAAAUCUACUGAUAGAGUUCAAUGACGUACUAUGGAUCGCGCGGGGAAGAGCCGCGUGAAUCUGUGCCCAUCGUCGCGUUGUCGGGACGGCACGAAGUCCGCUCCCAUUGAUCGCGUCGAACGCCGCUGCGAAGGAUUUUUGAAAAUUUGGAAGUGCGGUGGUGUUGAUGACUCUAGUGGUGGAC